CCGAUGCGGGGGGGGAGGUUCAGGGCAGCCAGAGGCGGAGAACUGAGGGGCGUGAACGGAAAGGCGCAGGGAGAGAGGGCCGCGCGCCAAGAGGACCGGCGCAUGGUAUGUUUGGCCCCAACUAGAACAGAUGCAUUUCCCAUCAGGAAACGAAUAGAGAAAGCAGAAUCUGAAUUAACUGAAAGAUGGGGCAGUCAACACCACCAAGGACAGUCUUCCAAGCCCAAGGGACCCGCAGGCACUGGAGACCCAUCGAUGAGUUCCAGAGGGAGCACCUUGUGGCACUGCAAUCCCUGGAUUGACCGCAAGCUCCAGGUGGUGAGGGCCAUCAACACUAUCCUGAUGCACAGGGUCAUCAUCCUGAGUGACAUCGACCCCAUUGUUGCCAGCUUUGCUACCAUGGGCUUUCCCAACUGCAAGGGGGAGGAACUGACAGCACCUACAUCCUCUUCUGGUCCCCCAACUACUGGGUACUUUUCAAUGGUGCUUCAGGCUCUUCUGGACUACCGGGGCACUUCAGCAAUAUUAAUGUCUGGUGGUCAGGGAAGGCGCAAAAUGCCUGCAUAUUCCGUGACUCCAGCUUCUUCCAAAGGAUGCAUGCCAGCACAUUUUUCUCUAACCACACCAUCAACUUCAGAGAGAUAGAGAUGCCCAUUGAGGGUGCUAGUGGGGUCCCCUCCACUUCCUUCCUCCCAGCAGGUUCCUGUGCAGAGGCUUAGUGUCCUCUGUCUUGCCACGCUUGACCAGGAGCAGAUGCUGCCCCAAAAAUGUGGGCGUGACCCUGUGGCAUGUGCGGCACUGCUGUGUGGUUCCAGGACCCCAAACUCCUGUGGCCUGUGGUGGGAAGGUGUUCCACCAUGCCGUUGAGAAUAAGGCAAGCGUCUCCAGCAACCUUGUGAGAAGGAGCAAAAGGUUCCUGUGUGGGAGCCUCAUGUGACUGUCUGCUCCAGAAUGGCAUAAGAACAUAAGAACAUAAUUUAUAAAACAUGAUUUUAUAAAUUCAUGAGUGGU